AUGGUAUAUGUCGCGGUCUCUGUUCUGGGCCUGAUCGAAGCAUCGAUCAGUCUCAUCGGCCAGCUCCACGAUGCCUACAAGCGGCAAAAGGAGCACGCCAACUUUCUCGAGGGAUACGAGGAAGAGCUCAAAAGCGCCAAAGGCAUCAUCCAGGUGGUCGCGGACGAAGCAGACCUCCAGACCGCGGAAAUGUCCUCUCAGCUGGUGAGGAUGGAGGCGCUGGUUCAGAAAUUGGUCGGCCUUCUUCGGAGCCUAUCUUCUGAGAACAAGAGCGUUGCGCGGCAGUUCUUCCAUCAGCUGACGCAGGGCUCCAAGGACGAGAAGGCGCUGUCGGGCCUGGUCGACCAGAUCUACCGGGCCAAGACCGAUCUGAUCGUGUUGGCUCAGGUUGCUGGGGUCGGUUUGGUGCGCACAACCGACAACAGCAUAGCAGCAAACACCGAGAUCAUCCAUCGAGUCGACCGGCAUAUCCAAGAAGUGCUUGGGGAGGGUCGUGGGUUGAAGGUUGGUACUUUGAUCGGUGAGGAUGCUAAAGCCGGCAGUAGCGAGACGCGCGAAGUCCCCUUGAGCCGUGAAGACGUGGCAGCCAUGAUGGGUGCACAACCUGGCACGGAGCGGAUCAUAGAAAACAACCUCACGCAGCAGCAAGCCCUCCAAAUCAAUGGGCCGGUGGGAGAGGACCGAUGGAAGUCGAUUAGCCGCUUGGUAUUUAGAACAGAACAAGGCGACCGGAGCGAGUACCCAGGUAAACUAUCCGGUGUCGUCCUCGACGUCCUAUCUCCUUCUGGUGAAUCAUUUGAUCAAGGGUCCUCCAUGACGAACAACAAUGGUCAGAGCUUUAUGGACCAAGCCAGGAACAUGAUGGGCAACAACAACAACAACAACAAUCAGGGUAUUAUGGACCAGCCCAGAAACAAGGCUAAUGAGACGAUGAACCAGGCAGGCAACAUGAUGGGUAGAACGCAGGACUCUGCUAAGGAUACGUUGUCGGAGACGGAGUCAAAGGCCGAUCACUAA